CAGACCAAACGAAACUAAACCGGCCAAAACACCUUGGUUGUUGGUCCAUUUUCACUUCACUCACACACAUCCAAAAAAUACAUGACUCCUGUGAUUUAUUAGCAAAUUAAAUAAAUAUCAAAGUGACUAAUUACAUAUGGUCCUUGUAAUUAUGUAGCGAAAACGAAGCCCCAUAAAUCAUCUUAACCAAACCGUAUCAAAUUGUUGAAAAACCGAGUAACAAUUCAACAUGGAGGAGAAAGAAGUGCAAUCCUCUGUCACUGACGAGGAAAGGGACGUGUCGCCUCCCAAACGAUUCAAAGAAAAAUGUCCUCCUGACAAUAUUGAUGCUGAAGUAAGUAUCUCUCAAUUAAUUGUCGAGGAGGUGGACCUGCUUGAACAACCCCAAAUUGGAGUGGAACCUCAAGUGCUACCUGAAAUCAAGUAUGAAUAUUUGGAUCACACAGCUGAUGUGCAAAUCCAUGCCUGGGGAUUCAACCUUCAAGAGGCGUUUGAGCAGUGUGCGAUGGGCAUGUUUGGCUAUAUGACGGACAUUGAUACAGUUGACAACAAGGGGACGCAGACCAUUGAGGCGAAUGGUCACGACAUGCUCUCUCUUCUCUUUGGAUUUCUGGACGAGUUUCUUUUCAUCUUCAACGCAGAUCCUUUCUUUAUAGCGAGGAAAAUCACAAUUACUUCAUUUGACCGUGACAACUUUAAAAUUAAAGCGGUGGGACAUGGUGAAACGUUUGAUAUUUCUAAGCAUCCUCAGGGAACCGAGGUCAAAGCUAUUACCUAUUCAAAUAUGCAGUUUCAUGAAGCAGAGGAUUAUGCAGAAGUAUUUGUAAUUAUUGACAUAUAAGACUAUUGUACUGACCAAUAAUAGUUCAGAUUCUUAUAUUAAAAACUUUAUUUAUUUAUACACA